AUGGAUAUUCCUAAACAAGCCAUGAAACUGGGACGGUCCCUCGCUGAAGAAAUAAACCGAACACUGGAAAGCGGUGACCCUAAUGUUACUGCCACUGCGGUUAUUAUUACAGAAGGAAUGGAUGUUGAGACUAAUUUCUCUAACUGUUUUGACUUUUUGUCCUACCCUCUAUCAAGCCACAUUCCAGAUUCAGACAUAUCCGAGCUGUACGUUGUUGGUGACAAGCUCGAGACUCGUAAGAAGGUUCCCAAGAAGCGAAUCAACAGCAACUUGUUAGCAGUGGAAUUUGUUACAAACACAGGACUCCAAUUGAAAGGACCACUGACCCACCCAGCAGUGAUCACUCUGAAACACCUUCAUGCGGACCAAGACCAUUUUGAUCCAGCUUGUGGCUACUGGGACGAAAGCAUGUGGGCCAAAGACGGAUGUAAAGUCGAUGAAACUAGCGUGUCAGAAACUGUCUCUAAAUGCACACAUUUUUCAACUUUUGCAGUGAUAAUGAAAGUGGAGAAGAAGGUGGAUGAUUCAGAUCGUGAAAUGGUCGUGACUGUGGCUACUGUGUUGGGAUCAUUCUCCAUCCUUGGUCUUCUAAUCUGUGCUAUCGUCGCCAUUGUUAUCAAUUAUCACCAGAAAGACCACAUGCGUAUUGCUUUGAACAUUGACGUCGCUCUUCUGCUGAGCCAGUUGGUUUUCUUUAUAGGAUUGUCGACAGGCGAUAACAUGUUCUUCUCCAAGCCCAAAACUUGUGACGUCGUCAAUCCAUUCGUUCAUUUUUUUGAGCUGGCGGCUCUAACUUGGUUGCUGAUGGAGGCAUUGUACUACUACUCGACCCUGAAACCGCUGUUCAACGAGAAAAACACCGUACCCAUUGUGUUUUACUUCGCUGUGGGGUGGGGUUUACCCGUAGCGUUUGCAAGCGCAUGCGCAGAGUAUGCCUAUCCUCACUUUGGCACUCCAGAGAAGAGCGAGUUCUGCUGGAUGUUUAUUGGUGGAGGUGAGGCCUGGUUCUUUGGAGGACCUGUCUUGAUUCUUGUACUGCUGAAUCUUCUCGCCCGAGUAUUUGUCGUGAAAGAGAUUGUUUGCUGGCAGGAUGACCCCGAUGAUAUCAGGAUCGAAAGGGCCAAAACUCGUCUGAUGACGUCAUCAGCGAUGAUGGCGGUGAUUGUGUUGACGUGGCUGUUUGGUGUCCUGGCAGUGAAUCACACCGAGGACAAAAUCUAUCACUACAUCUUCAUAGUGUUCUACACAUUCCAGGGUCUUCUUGUCCUGCUCUUCUACUGCAUUCGCAACCAAGAGGUAAGCUAUGUUUUUGUUUGGCACAUAAGUCCCCAGAGAUUUUCGGGAGCGGGUAGCUAACAUCAUCUUUUAAUUUCACAGAGCAAUGUAAUGAUUUUUU